UUUUGUUACACAGCUAGCUGUCGGAUGCCCCUUUAGGCUGCACGUUUCCAUUUAAAUCGUCUCUCCAAUCACCCAGAGGUCGACGCAUAUAACUCCUGUGGGCGCGGAGGUCUGUUUUUGGUCUUGAUCUCCAUCAUGGUGGAGCCCACUGCGUCCGGCGUGUUCUGUAACCGGAUGCUGAGCAUGGUCAACUCCGAGGAUGUGAACGCCAUCAUCCAGGCUCAGAGACACAUGCUUGACCGCUUUGAGAAAACAAAUGAAAUGUUGAUCAACUUCAACGGGCUGUCUAACGUACGACUGCAACAGAUGAACGAGCGCUUCCUCCUCCACACUCGCACUCUUGUGGAGAUGAAGAAAGAUCUAGACAGCGUCUUCAGGAGGAUCAGGACACUAAAAGGGAAGAUUGCUAAGCAGUACCCAGAAGCUUUCAUCAAUAUCCAUGAGUCACCCAUCCGGGAAGACGACGAUGAUGAGUUUGACCCAGUUCCCCCCAGUGCUGCCACAACCAUUACAACAGCAACCUCGGAGCAGAGCACAGAGUCUUGUGACACAAGUCCAGAUGUUAUCUCACCCACUGUAAGCCGAUGCUCUGAAGAGCUCUCUCAAGAGCUGCCUGACACACCCACCUCCGAUGUCCUAGAGACAGGCAUCCUAUUGGACGAGGGUCCGGACUCUGUACCUGCAGAAUAGACCAUCAAUUCAUCUGCUGAGAAGAGCGUCAAAACCUUGAUGUCAGAUGGAGCUGUGAACUGUCGAUGAGGACGCUGGAUUUUGGUUGACAUGCUUUUUUGUCAUUUGCCUGCAGAGCACUAACAUAAUGCACAUACAACUUGAAGUUGUAUAGUGUCUCACUAUAAAUGUAUAUCUUAAGUACUGACAGUGAUACUGAGCUAAAGCCCUCACUCAUCAAACGCUUUUAAGCAUAUAUCAUUGUUUUUGGUUUAUACUGUUGCAUUGUUUAUCUACGGGCCUCUGUUAAAUGCAUUCAUGACUGUUUUCAGCAUUUAAUCUGAUACUUCACUGAUCCUUGCUGAGAAAUUCUCUUUGUUUUCCACCUCCAUCGCAAAGGAAGCCAAGGGUUUAAUCGUUUAGUCGUCAGUGAUUCAGCAAACUAUUGAAGGACACAUGAGCAGAGUAGAGGCUCUUUAAUACAGCAGAUGGAAACUGGGUUGUGAGUACCCAAUCACUCCUCACACUCCAUUGAAGAUGCAGUUUGGGUGUAAAAGGGAAAGUCCAGCUUUACAUACAUGUACUAAUAGUGUUUAUUUGUCAUAUUUGUAAAUCUCAGUUUUUAUUUGUGUAUUUAAAAAAGAAUCUCUUUGUAAAGCAGAGAGAUAGAGUAUAGUGAUUAAAGUUGAUGUUCCAUAAUAUUAAAAAUGUAAUAAGAAUACUUG